AUGAUGAGAAAUAAUGUUUUUUGUUGUAUGCAUUUCAUCUUAAGACUGAAACUUACUACUGUUAUAUUGAUACUGCUAACAAGGAUUAGGUACUUCCGGGAUCUUGGUUAUCCAUAUGAGUCUUCGUUUAUAUCAUCAACGAACAAUAUUGAUUUGCUCAUGUAUUCGUAUACUUCUGAUACAAAGUACAGCAAAACAGCAGGUGGACUAAUCCUUUUAAAGCCAAGUACUGAUGCAGCACUACUCCAGUAUGCUGCAACGUCUUCUUUUCUUAGCAAAUUGUAUAGUGACUAUCUCCAGCUUUUGCGUACACCAAGCAGAAGGUGUUCUGAUUCUGAUUCUGUCUUUUCCUCGGAAAGUUUAAAACAAUUCUCACUAUCACAGGUGAAUUACAUACUAGGUGAUAACCCUUUGAAAACGAGUUAUGUAGUUGGAUAUGGUAACACCUAUCAUCAAGCUGCAUCGAUCCCUUGGGAUGGUGAACGACGUGAUUGUUCAGAAGGGAGUCAAUGGCUCAAUUCAAGAAGGGAGAAUCCAAAUACCAUAUUUGGAGCAAUGGUUGCAGGACCAAAUAAGGAUGACGUUUUUUCGGACAAAAGAAUUAAGUCAUGGUUCACAGAGCCAACUAUAGCAAGCAAUGCUGGGCUUGUAGCAGCACUGGUUGCACUUCAUGAUCCUCCUACUGCAUCUUCUUUAGGUAAUUUAGGAAUAGACAAGCAUGGUAUGUUUGAAAAUGUAAAAGAAGUGUCUUGA